UUAGUGCAGCUCGUGCAGCUCAGAGUAACAUGGAGUAACAAGAGGUGUGACUGACUUUAUGUGUUUACGCGACUUAUCUUGAGCAAAUAGAACAACACCUUGCAGGGAUUAUCAAUUGGAAACCAAUACGUAUUGGAAUGUAUAGAAUAAGAAUGCAGCUGAUUCGGAACAUAAUUUUGUUCCUCUCGUUCGUAAUCAUAGGGAAUGCACAGGUCCCGGAGAAAUUGACACAAAAUCCGUGUAUCGCCAAAUCCAAUUGCCAUGACUGCAUCCAAACGCCAUCGUGUGCGUGGUGCUACAAACCGGAUUUCGGUGAAAGGGCCAGAUGCUUCCAACCUUCGAAUCCGGGUUCAAAAUCUUGCCCAGAAGAAUACGUAUGGAAUCCAGAUAAUGUCCUGCAAGUGCUAAUCGCCAGGGAAUUGUCCAAAGCCCAUGCAGCUGUAGGUUCGGCAGGCGGAACCAUGGAAUCCGGUUGGAGCGUUGAAGGUUCUUCCAGCCAUAGCUCUUCGGGUUCCAGCUCUUGGUCUUCCCACUCGCACGGUUCCUCGUCCUCGAGCGGCGGCGGCUUCGGCGAAUCCAAUAUUGUUCAGAUUUCACCUCAAAAAGUCAACUUGAAACUGAGAGCCAGACAAUCGUACAGCUUUCAGAUGCACUACACUCAAGCCGAAGAUUAUCCAGUUGAUCUUUAUUACCUUAUGGAUUUGUCCAAGUCCAUGGAGGACGAUAAGGACAAGUUAUCUCUUCUGGGAAAUCUUUUAGCCGAAUCGAUGCGAAACAUAACUUCGAACUUUAGAUUGGGUUUCGGCAGUUUCGUGGAUAAAGUUGUUAUGCCUUACGUGAGCACCGUACCGAAAAAUUUGCGGGAACCUUGCACGGGCUGUGCUGCACCUUAUGGUUACCGUCAUGCAAUGAGGUUGGACACCGAUACCAAUAGGUUUUCCACUAUGGUGAAGGAGGCAGCUGUAUCUGGUAACUUGGAUGCUCCAGAGGGCGGAUUUGAUGCCAUAAUGCAAGCUGUAGUGUGCAGGGAUGAAAUAGGUUGGAGAGAACAAGCUCGUCGUUUAUUGGUGUUCUCGACUGAUGCAGGAUUCCAUUACGCCGGAGACGGAAAGUUAGGUGGAAUUGUAAAGCCCAAUGACGGUAUGUGCCAUUUGGAGAACGGCUUGUACACGCAUUCAUCGCUUCAAGACUACCCAAGCAUCUCUCAAAUCAAUCUGAAAGUGAAGCAAAAUGCUAUCAAUUUAAUCUUCGCGGUGACUGAGGAGCAGAUCGGAGUCUACAAGAAGCUUCAGGAAAACAUAGAGGGAGCUUUCAGCGGACAGUUAUCUAAUGAUUCCUCGAAUAUCGUAGAUCUGGUUAAGGAACAAUAUCAGCAAAUAUCCUCGACCGUUGAGAUGAAGGAUAACGCGAGCAAUAACAUUAAGAUCAAUUAUUACUCGCAAUGUUUGGAUGAGAGCGGCGGUGACAAGAAGACGAAUAAGUGCGGUAACAUUAAGGUCGGAGACGUGAUUACAUUUAGAGUAGAGAUUGAGGUGACUCAAUGUCCGAAGGACCCCAAGGAUUGGAAGCAGACUCUUCAGAUCUAUCCGGUGGGUCUGAACGAAAGUCUGACCAUUGAUUUGGAAAUGCUAUGUUCGUGCCCCUGCGAACACCCUGGUCAUGCUGGCUACAUAGAGCAGGCUGAUGAGUGCCGUGGUUUUGGCACAUUCAAGUGCGGAAUAUGCGAAUGCGAUCACUCCCAUUUCGGACGCUACUGCGAAUGCUCUGCCAGUGAAAUGGAGAAUAUCAAGAACACCUUAGGAUGUAGGGUUGAUAACUCAAGUACCGUUGAUUGUUCUGGACGAGGCAGCUGCGUUUGCGGAAGAUGUGAAUGUAAUGUUAGGAGUAAUGAGGAGGAAAAAGUUUAUGGUAAUUUCUGCGAGUGCGACAAUUUCUCUUGCGACAGACACGAGGGUAAGAUCUGCAGCGGACAUGGAACUUGUGAAUGCGGUGUUUGCCAGUGUGAAGAACCAUGGGGUGGCGCUGCUUGCGACUGCAGAAUGUCCAACGAGACUUGCUUUGCACCUGGAGUGUUGGAUGGUGAGAUUUGUUCUGGUCACGGUGAAUGUAAAUGCGGAUCCUGUAAAUGCGAGAGCACUGAAGAAGGCAGGUACUCCGGAAGAUACUGCGAAAAAUGUCCUACUUGCUCAGAUCGCUGCGAAGAGUUUAAACAUUGCGUGCAAUGUCAGAUGUAUAAGACUGGUCCUUUGAAUGAGGAGGAAUGCGCCAAAAACUGUACAAAAUUUACACCAAUCGGUGUCGAGCAAGUCGAAGCUAAAGAAGAAAACGAUGAAAAUCUUUGCGCUUUUUACGACGAGGACGACUGUCGUUUCGCGUAUGUCUAUUACUUCGAUGAGCAUAAUAAGGUUGUCGUCAAAGCGCAACAAGAGCGCGAAUGCCCUGCCAAGGUUUUUCUCUUGGGUAUCGUUCUUGGAGUAAUAGCUGCUAUUGUAUUCAUGGGCUUGGCUAUCCUAUUGCUCUGGAAACUCCUGACAACUAUCCACGAUAGACGAGAAUUCGCCAAAUUCGAAAAAGAACGAAUGAUGGCCAAAUGGGACACCGGCGAAAAUCCGAUAUACAGACAAGCCACGUCCACGUUCAAGAACCCCACGUACGCCGGAAAGGGGUAAACUGUAAAUGCUUCAAUUAAUUAUUUAUACGAUAAAAUAUGAAACAAAUAAAUUACUAAAUGGAA